AAAAGCAAAUUAGAUUGACUAACUUUAAAAAAUAUUUUAUGGUCAUUACAUGCAUUUCUUUUGUCUCCCUCUUCAGUAACAAUACUUAAUUUCAGUCAUGGCAAGUGCAGAGACUUCAACCAUUGCCAAUUCUUCUUCUGCAAUGAAAAGAGAUAGUGAUGGUAUGAAUAAGAAUUCAGGAAAUGGUGGCAUUGAAAGUCUGGAUGGAGACAUAGCCAGAGAUGCUGUCUUCAUGCCAUCUACAACAUUGCCAGCUGAAACCCCUAUAGUUCAAGGUUAUGAUUUCAACCAGGGCAUUGAUUACCACAAGCUUCUGGCAUCUUAUCAUUUCUCUGGAUUUCAAGCUACUAGCUUUGGAUUAGCUGUUCAAGAAGUAAAAAGAAUGCUAGAUUGUCGCAUGAAGCCCCUGCCCAGUGACUUCUGCCAAAGCAUAGACGUUGAACCUUGCCUGGAGAUACGAAACAACUGCACAAUAUUUCUUGGCUACACCUCUAACAUGUCAUCCUGUGGUGUCAGGGAAACUAUUCGGUUUCUUGCUGAGCAUCGCCUGAUUGACUGCAUUGUGUCCACGGCGGGUGGCAUAGAGGAGGAUCUCAUCAAGUGUCUCGCUCCCACUUUUAUUGGCGACUGGCACCUCAAGGGGGCUGACCUCAGGAAACAAGGCAUUAAUAGAAUAGGAAACCUGCUGGUACCCAAUGACAACUAUUGCAAAUUCGAGGACUGGAUCAUGCCGCACUUGGACCAGAUGCUAAGGGAACAGAAGGAAUUGGGCACGGUUUGGUCUCCGUCUCGCGUCAUUGCACGUCUGGGCAAGGAAAUGAAUGACAAGUCAUGCAUCGCCUACUGGGCCUGCAAGAACAACAUCCCUGUCUUCUCACCGGCGCUCACUGACGGCAGCAUCGGAGACAUGAUGUACUUCCACUCGAUUGCCAAACCCGGCCUCAUACUUGAUAUUAUCUCGGAUUUACGGAGGAUAAAUGACUUGGCGAAACGAUCGGUCAACACGGGCAUGCUGAUCGUUGGUGGCGGCGUAGUGAAGCAUCACAUCUGCAACGCCAAUCUCAUGCGCAACGGAGCAGACUUCUCCGUGUUUGUGAACACGUCGAGCGAGUGGGACGGCAGCGACAGCGGCGCUCGGCCUGACGAGGCCGUCAGCUGGGGCAAGAUCCGCAUUGAGGCGCGGCCUGUCAAGGUAUAUGGAGAAGCUUCUUUUGUUUUCCCAUUGCUUGUGGGAGAAACCUUUGCGAAGCAUCACCAUGAACAACAGAAGCAGCAACAAGUAAAGGAUGUGCAAUAAACUUAAUAAGGCA